AUGGCGUAUAAGGAUCGCGACUGCAUGGUGGAGGAGAUCAACGAUAGGGCCAUCAAACAGAUCGACGAUGGUAGAACCAGAGGGGAACACGUCCCAUCAAAAAAAAUAUCCUCACGAACAUGUUGCUGCCCUCUGCCCUCUCACGACCACGCCGUCGGGGCAGUUUUGGCCACCUCCCCACACCUCGCCCCACCUCUUCCUCAGAUCCUCCCCGCCAGCCAUCGCCCUCGACCUGUGCCUCCGUCUGCACGCGCCGCCAGACCACCGCACCCAUGCUCCAAGUGCUCGGGCUGCCCCAUCCACGCGCUGCCCGGGCCGCCACACCCACUCGCCGCCCAGACACAGGCGCCGAACCUCCACGCUACAGAUGUAUUGGAGACGGCAGGCAGCGGCAGCAGGAGGAAGAUGACUGGGGCAACGAGCUCAGAUGCACACUUCUCUGGAAGUCCAGGCAGCUGGCAACAGGCAACCAAGACCCAAGACGAUGGGCUAGGUACUUCAUCUCCCGCCCCGCGCAUCUACUCUUUGGUUGGUGUCGAGCCACAGUUCCGAUGCCUUGCUGCUCAGGUCGGGAGAAGUCGCGGUAGUGCACACACUGUCGUUUGUUGCUGGGAUCAACAUACUACUAUAGUGAAUUUAUGGCUUCUAUCUUGCAUGGAUGCCUAGGUGGCUGUUGUUGUCGCCUUCAUGCCCACAAGAGCUUGUUUGUCGCCGAGGUCGCCAGGCAAAAGUGUCCUUUUCUGCUUCGAGCUGCUUUGACCGGUGGCACACUUCAGUGAUAAUGCUCUCACCUCAUGGACAACACAGUCGUGGGACUCGUGUUUGCUGGCGGAAAGGUGGAGCAAGAGGUCUCUGAAGCUGCAGCAGAACGAGUCUGUAGAGACGGUGUUGAAUUUUAUCAAGGUUUUUUCAUUUGUUUUGAACCAUCCAGGAGAGACAAGGUUGCUUCAUUUGCAAGCUCAAAACGCUUUAUGAUUGUAUUCUGCUUCUCUACCCAGUUCAUUGAACCUAUGAAAUUGGUUGUCGGUGUUUGAUCCCAUUAGUAGUAUGAUCAAUUUUGUUUUGAGACAUGCAGUCCCCAAAUCCAACACUCCCCACGAUCCGACGAAUGGGAGAGGGAAGCUGAGCAAUGGCCGCACCACUGUAGACAAACAGCUUAACAAUGAGGUAUUAUAAUGUAAUGAAAAUAAUUGUUUGUUUCUUCUCGUGCCUUUCUAUGUAGGUCUGCUUCGUAUAGUUCAUGUACUGUUCUGUCCUUGCAUUGUUUUCUUCUACUAUUUUUGUUGUAUAUUACUUAGUACAUCGGUUGGUGUAAAAUUUCCCAUGUUUUGGUUAAUCUAGCCAGUAAAAAUAAGUUCAGUUUGGUAGGCUGUGCACUUGUUAAACCACCUUUAACUGAACAUGUACAAGCAUCAAAUCUAGGAUAUUUCAAGUCUCUUCACAAAAAAUAUAUUACAUAGCAGUAGUUUCAUCUUAUUGUUCUACCAACCCGAGUUUGAGGUGUAUUUGUGGUACUUUGAAGUAUAAAAAUUGUAGUAAUUGUCCUUCCUCUCUUCAUUUUUUUGUAUUCUUUUAGCUCAGGCUUACACUUUGUGACUGGGCAUUAAAUUGCAUUCUUCUGUUUUGCUGUUGCAAAGAGAGAAUAAAAAUGGGAUGCGCUGCCACAUGAAAAACUUGGACUAAUUGAUAAGAUACCAAACCUGGGCACUAUGUAGUUGUUCUGCAUCUGAAAUCUCUUUAUAUAGUAGUUGAGUAUACUGUAGUUAAUUUCACCGAUAUUUGUGUGUCAGUUAUUUGGUUAUUUGGUCUGAACCUACAAUCCAAGGUUAGUAAUUAUUUAGUCUGAAACUACAAUUCCUUUUCAUGUCUUGUUGUAAACUUCUCUUGACACAAAGAGUUUCUGGAGUUUGGAUGGCAAUUUGAAAAUUCCAGUGUGUGCUUCAAGAUGUAUGCAUCUAAUUUUGGAGCCUAUUCAUGUUGGUUUAGCAUAUUUCCACCACACUCCAUAUCUCACAGGAUUUAGAGCAGAGGGCCUUUUACAAUAAAUACUACAUAACAUAGUGUUGUUCGGUGGGAUGCAAUUUUUUUUGUUUCAUUCAUCCGCUAUCCUUGUUGUAUUUUACAUAGCUUAUAAUACUAUUUGCUGUGUUUCAGGGGCAGGAUAUGCAAUAUAGGAUAACUUGACUAAGCUUUGUGAAAUUUUGGUUCCAUUGGGUGACUUUUAUUUUCCUUUGAUGCCUAAGAUGCACAUGGAAAAUCACAUAAUUUGAUCCUUCUGAGUCUGGUAGAUUCGCUACCAAUGGUUGACUUAGCACUUAUCUUGUGUUGCAUAAUUGUUUCAGAUUACCAUCCUUGUAUAGCAGCAAAUCAACUACGUGCCUCUUUUGAGAAGCAAAGAUGUUGAUUGUCCACCUUGAAGGUUAUAGUUUCUAAAGAGGCUACACAUGCCAUUUAGAAUAUCUUAUCUCACAACUUUCACUUGAUCAGUCUAAGAAUGAAAGGAAGUAGCAUUAAAUAUACAAAAGUCUCCAUAAGGUUAGCUUAAGACGGUAGUGUCCCAUCUUUAAAUCCGCCAAGAACGCUAGAAACAAAUUUGAUUACCGACUGGACAUAUCUGUCAUGCAUGUUUAGUACCUUGACUCUUUAAUCUUUAUAUAUAGACAAAGCUCUAUAUCGAGGGAUGAAGUGUUUGGAGCCCGGAUGAAGAAUGCUUCCGUGGUGGAGAAAGAGGAGAACUAUUGAGAAUGCUUGCAAACCGCUUAGAAUUUUUGUUUAGCAGACUCGGACUCCUUGUGUUCUUUUUUUAGUCGCGGACUCCUUGUUUGAUACAAUACAUCUGAAGAGCCCUUUUUGCGCACUGUUCAAAUAAGCUCUUCAUUUUUGUGAGUCUGGUCAAACAACGCACUUCAAAUAAUGAAGUUAUUGUCUCGGGGAUAUUGGCCAAAUGUUGUACUUAUCAUCCUAGAUAAUCCCUAUUCAUUACAUAUGUAUGUAUCACAUUUCCAUUUAUUUUCUUUUGGGAAUA